UCGCCAUAAGCCAGCCACUGGACCAAAAGCCUUAGUGGAAUAAUUGAACCGUGCAGUGGGUACUUACCAUAAUUUCGGAGGAGUUGGAGGCUGACUAAGGUCACAUGGGAGUAAAUGCAGGAGGCUGAAUUCAAAUCCAGCUGCUCUUAUGACCCUGGGUCCUCUCUCUAUGCGCCACUUUGGAAACCAGUUUGCUUCUUAGCAGUUGUCUCCCAUUGUGCUGGUGUGUGGGAUGGUGACAGUCUAGAAUCCUGACGCUAAUUAAGUUUGGGGGUUGUUUCUUAAUAGAGAAAAGCAACCCAUGCUAAAAGCAUUUAUGGGAAAGAUAAGCACCAAAUUUAGGAGAGCUGCUGUCUCUUGGGAUGGCUAUACAGGGGGCUUCAAUCGAAUGUUAACUGUUUUACUUAUUAAGCCCUAGGUGGGAAUCUAGAUGUUUAUUGUAUUAUUCCCCUUCUUGCCUGAAAUACUCACAACUUUAAAAAAAGAAAAUAUGCACAUGGAAAAUGAAUUUCAGAGGAUAAAAUGUACACAACGAAAUUUGAGCAACUUGCAUCUUAAGGAAGAGAAAAUCAAACCAGAAGCCAAUGGUGCUGUUGUCAAGACCAAUGCUAAUUCAGAGAAGGCAGAUGAAGAAGAGAAAGAAGACAGAGCUGCCCAGUCUUUACUCAACAAGCUGAUCAGAAGCAACCUUGUCGAUAACACGAACCAAGUGGAAGUCCUCCAGCGGGACCCAAAUUCCCCGCUCUACUCUGUGAAGUCCUUUGAGGAGCUUCGGCUGAAACCACAGCUUCUCCAGGGAGUCUAUGCCAUGGGCUUCAACCGUCCAUCCAAGAUACAAGAGAAUGCAUUGCCUUUGAUGCUUGCUGAGCCCCCACAGAACUUAAUUGCCCAGUCUCAGUCUGGCACUGGUAAAACAGCUGCCUUCGUGUUGGCCAUGCUCAGCCAAGUAGAACCUGCAAAUAGAUACCCCCAGUGUCUGUGCCUCUCCCCAACUUAUGAGCUCGCCCUGCAAACAGGAAAAGUGAUUGAACAGAUGGGCAAAUUUUACCCUGAACUGAAGCUAGCUUAUGCUGUCCGAGGCAAUAAAUUGGAAAGAGGUCAGAAGAUCAGUGAACACAUUGUCAUUGGCACCCCUGGGACUGUUCUGGACUGGUGCUCCAAGCUCAAGUUCAUUGACCCUAAGAAGAUCAAGGUGUUUGUUCUGGAUGAGGCUGACGUGAUGAUAGCUACUCAGGGCCACCAAGACCAGAGCAUCCGCAUCCAGAGGAUGCUGCCCAGGAACUGCCAGAUGCUGCUUUUCUCUGCCACCUUUGAAGACUCUGUGUGGAAAUUUGCCCAGAAAGUGGUCCCAGACCCAAACAUUAUCAAACUGAAGCGUGAGGAGGAGACGUUGGACACCAUCAAGCAGUAUUACGUCCUGUGCAAUAACCGAGAUGAGAAGUUCCAGGCCUUGUGUAACCUCUACGGGGCCAUCACCAUUGCUCAGGCCAUGAUCUUCUGCCACACCCGCAAAACGGCUAGUUGGCUGGCAGCAGAGCUCUCCAAAGAAGGCCACCAGGUGGCUCUGCUGAGCGGUGAAAUGAUGGUGGAGCAGAGGGCUGCGGUGAUCGAGCGCUUCCGAGAGGGCAAAGAGAAGGUGCUGGUGACCACCAACGUGUGUGCCCGCGGUAUUGAUGUUGAACAGGUAUCUGUCGUCAUCAACUUUGACCUUCCCGUGGACAAGGAUGGGAACCCGGACAACGAGACCUACCUGCACCGGAUCGGGCGCACGGGCCGCUUUGGCAAGAGGGGCCUGGCAGUGAACAUGGUCGACAGCAAGCACAGCAUGAACAUCCUGAACAGAAUCCAGGAGCAUUUUAAUAAGAAAAUAGAAAGAUUGGACACAGAUGAUUUGGAUGAGAUUGAGAAAAUAGCCAACUGAGAAGCUCCGUCAGUCACCAGUGCCCACCCCUGGUGCUCCCCCCGCACGGGAGACUGGUGCUUUCACGGCACAGGCCUCGACAGUCGCCACAAAGAAGAGGAGGCAGAGGAGAGAGAAACUACCUACCUCAUUUUAAAUUACGUUUGGACUAGACAAAAAUUGUGCAAAUGAUGGGGGAAGGUAGAAAAAAAUUGUUUACACAACUCUUGAAGAUUAGGCGUGAAUACACAGAAAUUUACCUUUUGAAA